GGUUCAGUCACUACCUCAAGUGGUGCAGGUUCAGGUGCUACAUCAGUUACUUGGACUGACUCCAAUGGUGAAACCCAUACUGGUAUUGUUACGGAACAGCCAACUACUGGUUCUGAUGGUGUCGUUGGUACUGCUACAACUACUAUUCCUAUUACUACCUCAAGUGGUGCAGGCUCAGGUGCUACAUCAGUUACUUGGACUGACUCCAAUGGUGAAACCCAUACUGGUAUUGUUACGGAACAGCCAACUACUGGUUCUGAUGGUGUCGUUGGUACUGCUACAACUACUAUUCCUAUUACUACCUCAAGUGGUGCAGGCUCAGGUGCUACAUCAGUUACUUGGACUGACUCCAAUGGUGAAACCCACACUGGUAUUGUUACGGAACGAGCCAACUACUGGUUCUGA